AUGGAUUAUUUGGGUGAUAAUCGCUAUCAAUUGCUGUUCGUGGACGACGAUGCCAACGAUCAAAGCGUUGACCAAAAGCAGCUGCCACAGAUGCCACAGAUGCCACAGAUGCCACAAGCUGUCGCACAGCCAAAGACCAAACGCACCAAGACGCCAAGGGACAAGGCCAAAAGCAUUGUGGAGAUGGCCAAAAUGCUCGAAUUGCAGUCCAAGUCAAAUACAAAUACAAAGCUGGAAAUGGGCCAAGUCAAGGAGCCGCAGCAGUUGAAGGAGCAGGCGGCUUUGGAGGAGGAGGAGCAGGAGGAGCAGGCGGCUAUGGAGCUUAUGCUGGUGUUGGCUAUGGCAGAGGAGGAAGCGGCGGCGGCGGCGGAGGAGCUGCAGCAACAGGAGCAACCGCAACUCGCUGAGGAGGAGGAUGACACCAAGUACAUUACAGUGGAGCAAUGGCGUGCCAUGCAUGGAGUGCGUGCCAAGCCCAUUUAUAAUAUACGCAAGCCCGGCGAAGGUGAGCCCAAUAAGCCCGAUUGGAAGAAGAUGACCGUCUUGCAGAAGAAGAAGCAGCAACAGGCCAACAAGUCCGAGGAUGACAACAAUCUGGAGUACGAUGCAACCAUGUAUCCACAGCGUGUGGGACGUCUACAGCGUAUUAUGGACAUUGAGUUCAAGUUCAAGGAUGAUCGACGUCGCAGUGGUUAUCUCAGUGGUUGGUCGGGACGUGCCUACAACAAAUCGGAGUCCGAGGGCACUGCCGAGUCCAUCAAUAUGGCGGAUGAAAUGGAGUUUCCCACACUUGGUUGA